GAGGGACGUGCCUGCAACCCCCAGCCCUGCAUUGGUCAAGCCCGCCAGAGAAGCCAAAGCCUGCGCUCGAUGGUCACCCAGAAGCGUGACGGAGAGAUCUCUCAGUACGGAAGCACGGCUCCCCAGAACGGUGAUGGCACAGAGGACGAGUGGUCUCCAUGGACCGCGUGCUCAGCGACCUGCAGUGAGGGCUGGCAGAGCCGGACUCGUAUCUGUGGCAUUUCAGCCUUUGGCACCCAGUGCACCGGACCCCUCCGUGAGAACCGACCCUGCAACAACACCGUGGCCUGCCCCGUCCAUGGAGCUUGGGAUGAGUGGGCACCCUGGAGUCUGUGCUCGUCCACCUGCGGCCGUGGCUACCGUGAUCGCGUGCGCACCUGCACCAACCCAAAGAACGGCGGAGAGCCUUGCCAGGGUCCAACCAAACAGACCAAGUUUUGCAACAUUGCCGUCUGCCCAGUUGAUGGCUACUGGAACGACUGGUCAGCUUGGAGUACCUGCUCAGCCUCUUGCUCCAACGGGACCAUGCAGAGGACUCGCGAGUGCAACGGCCCUUCCUACGGUGGUUCUGAAUGCCGUGGCGACUGGAAGGAGUCCAGCAACUGUUUCAUCAGGGACUGCCCAGUUGACGGACGCUGGCUGGCCUGGACUUCCUGGAGCUCCUGCUCUAAGACCUGUGGUGGUGGCAUCAUGGAGAGGCAGAGGACCUGUGAGGGACCUUUCUUCGGCGGAGACGCCUGCCCCGGCUCAAAGGCCGAGUCCAAACGCUGCAACGAGAAACGCUGCCCAGAACCCCAUGAGAUCUGCGGUGAGGACAACUAUGGCAACAUGAUUUGGAAGAGGACCCCUGCUGGCGACUAUGCUGCAGUGCCCUGCCCCCCUGAUGCGACAGGUGUGAUCCUUCGCCGAUGCACCAUGGAUGCCAUUGGUCUGGCCUACUGGGAGAGUCCUACUCAUGUGAAGUGUGUCUCCAAAGAGUACCAGGACAUCCAGAAGCUGUCUCGUGAACAUCUGGCCAAGGCGCAGCAAGGUCUUAUUGAGGAUGGUGUGUCUAACGUGAUCAUGAAGCUGAAGACUACCACCGACGAGGGCUCCAAAUACAGUGGAGAUCUGCUGGCCUCAAUGGAGAUCCUCAAGAACACCACUCACAUCUUCAGAGGAGCUGGCUACAGCGUCAGUCUCACUGAUGUAGAGAACUAUGUGCAGACAACCAGCAACUUACUGAAGGAGGAACAUCGCGAGAAAUGGGAAGAAAUGCAAAUGAUGGGCGCCAGCACUAAGGAGUUCUUUCGCCUGGUGGAGGAGUUUGUGGAUCUGAUCAGCACACAGAUGAAGGGAUUCCAAGACAUGUAUGAGGUCACCGAAAACUUAGAGCUGAGUAUCCAGAAGAGGCCCAAAGCCAUGGCCUCGGACAUCACGUUCCCCAAGAAGGGCUGGAGGGGGAUGACCGAGUGGGUCAGGAACUCCGAGGAGAAGAUCACCGUCACACGCAACGCCCUGACCUUUGAUGUGCCAGAUGAGGAAGACACGUCGUCUUUUGUUACCGGAAUCGUUGUGUACCGCAAUCUGGGAGUGAUGCUGUCUCUUCAGAGCAAUGCCACACUGCUGAACUCCAAGGUGGUCACUGUUAUCGUGAAGCCCGACCCCGGUCUCCUGUCCUCUCCCGUCGAGAUCGAGUUCCCUCACCUGUACAACGGCACCAUCAACGAAACAUGCAUCUCCUGGGACGAGAGUGAAGCUCCUUCCUUUGUCGCACCCCCCCUCUCUCUGCUCGGCUCGUGGUCUCCACGAAACUGCAGAGCGCAACCCCUCGACUCGUUCAGAACCAAAUGCGUGUGUGACGGACUCUCCACCUUCGCCAUUUUAGCGCGGCCGAAUCCUGAUGUGGACAUGGACAAAACAUAUCUCCCCUCGGUGACUCUGAUUGUGGGCUGUGGAGUGUCUUCUCUCACUCUGCUUCUGCUGAUCAUCAUCUAUGUCUCCGUGUGGAAGUACAUCCGCUCAGAGCGCUCUGUCAUCCUGAUCAACUUCUGCUUGUCCAUCAUCUGCUCCAACGCCCUCAUCCUGAUUGGUCAGACACAGGCUCGCAACAAGGUGGUGUGCACCCUGGUGGCAGCGUUCCUGCACUUCUUCUUCCUGUCCUCGUUCUGCUGGGUGCUGACGGAGGCGUGGCAGUCGUACAUGGCCGUGACGGGCCGCCUGCGCAACCGCAUCAUCCGCAAGCGCUUCCUGUGUCUCGGAUGGGGUCUGCCUGCACUGGUUGUGGCUAUCUCUGUUGGAUUCACCAAGGCUAAGGGAUAUGGCACCGUUAACUAUUGCUGGCUGUCUUUGGAGGGUGGUCUUCUCUAUUCGUUUGUGGGGCCUGCUGCUGCAGUUGUUCUGGUUAACAUGGUGAUUGGCAUUCUGGUCUUCAACAAGCUUGUGUCCAAGGACGGCAUCACCGACGUGAAACUGAAGGAGAGAGCUGGGGCAUCACUGUGGAGCUCCUGUGUUGUUCUGCCUCUGUUGGCCCUCACCUGGAUGUCUGCCGUGCUGGCCAUCACUGACCGCCGCUCAGCCCUCUUCCAGAUCCUCUUCGCCGUGUUCGACUCCCUGGAAGGUUUCAUCAUCGUCAUGGUCCACUGCAUCCUUCGCAGAGAGGUCCAGGAGGCUGUUAAGUGCAGAGUGGUUGACCGUAAGGAUGAUGGCAAUGGCGACUCUGGCAGCUCCCUUCAAAAUGGACACACUCAGCUCAUGUCUGACUUCGAGAAGGAUGCUGAAGCUGGCAGACCAGGUGGUAUGAAAAGCUCCUCUGAGGAGAAGAUGGCCCCUUCCCAGAUGCAGCUGCCCAUGGGCCCCAACUUCCACACCCUCCCCGCCAACACCACCACCAAGGCCCACAUGCAGUCGGUUCCCGACUACUCCAGCCACACUCUGACCCUGAAGCGGGACAAGCGUGGCGGCACCAUGGGCCUGGACCCGUCCUGCGGCAAGCCCGUCUACGUGUGCGACAGCGAGAUCUUCAAGCAGCUGGACGCCGACCUGGCGCGCGGGCAGGCCGAGGGCAACUCGCCGGACGGCAGCGGAAGCGGCGGCUACGUGCUCCUCCCCAACACCACGUCCACCCUCCGCUCCAAGCCCAAGGACGAGCUGUCCGGCUGCGGCAAGUACAACAUCAGCGUGGAGCAGCUGCCCCAGGCGCGCCUGGUCCACCUGAGCGGCGGCGGAGGCUACGCCGAGCCCCAGGCGGCCGCCUACGGAAUGAAGAUGCUGCCGUCCGACCGUGUCAGCGUCUCCUACUCUGAUCACGACUCGCCCGUCCAGAACCUGCACAACAUGUCCAGCGAGUCCCACAUGACCAGCAGCCUGGGGGACACGUUCGACUCCAUGAACUCUAUGAUGUCCAAGAGCGAGACCAUCUCCACCCUCUCCAUGAGCUCACUGGAGGUGAGGGAUGAUACGAGGCAGAAAUCACGCUAUGCGGAGCUUGACUUUGAGAAGAUCAUGCACACACGGAAACGUCACCAGAACAUGUUCCAGGACCUCAACAGGAAAUUGCAUCAUGCUGAGAAGGACAGAGAGUCACCUGCCUCAGAUAGCAAGUCUGUGAGGUGGAGCGUGUCCUCAGGAGGUAGCGACAAAACCAACCACAGCGACAAACAGCAGAUGCCCUGUGAGAGGCCGUGGGAAGGAGUCCCCCGAUCGCAGCAGCAGCAGCACUCGCCUCCCGCCUGGGUACGCAAGGACCUGGAGCCCCUGCAGCCCUCGCCCCUGGAGAUGCAGGCCGUGGAGUGGGAGAAGGCCGGCGCCACCAUCCCCCUGGUUGGGCAGGACAUCAUCGAUCUGCAGACGGAGGUGUGAGGGCCAGUCACCACCACCGCCGCUACUGCUCACUGUCUUGCCAGAAACGACGAAAAAAAUGUAGAGUUCCUUCUUGCACCCCUUGCCUGUCAGCUUUUGGUUCGGUGAAGAGGGGAUCCCCAAUGGGCUAGGGAGAGAAUGGAAGGAGAGAGAGAGAGAGAGAGAGAGAGAGAGAGAUAGAUGAAGAAAGAGAUGAGUAUAGUGAAGAUAGAGGGAGAACAGAAUCCAGAAUCCACGUCUUCAGUCCCCCCCAGAGAUGGUAAAGGGCCUGAAGUUAAGUGCGUCAUUUGACUCUGUGCACUUAGAGUAGACAUCAGCAAAACAGGCAAUUUAUGUAGCAGAAGAGCUUCAGACAUGAGACACUGGGGUCGGGUUCAGCAACAGAGUCUGGGGCUUUGGUUCUGUUCUACUGAUAUUGGGUCUGACCCAAUCCCUGUCCUAAGAGGUUUCCCGUUACUCUUCCGUCCGGCGCAAGAGAGGUGUGUUCCACAUACCUGUGCCUUUUUGUUUCUCGUUUUCCAUCCACGUGUAUGGAAAAGACUGGUCCUCCUCCUCCUCCUCCUCCUCCUCUUCCUCUAUGGGAAUGACCAACCAAUCGCUUGGCUGCUUGUGCUCGCCGAUGGUGGCCUCUUCCGAAUCGCUGCGCUGCGAUUGUGGAGGGUGGCAGAAUCCCACCUCCUGCUACCCCACCGUCCACUGGCCUCCUCGGGGCUUCCCCAGACACUCUGUGGUAGAUGGACACAGGCCUCCGGUUUGUUAUUUUAGUGCCGUGCUUUAUCCUGUCAGUCUUCGCUCACGCGUGGAACUGCUUCUCCAGAGCUUUCAAAAAGACUCUUCCACUGAGACUCUGAACUGAGACUCUUUUAUGAUAUCACUGGAGUCAUGGCUUGAACACUGAAACAUGGGACUUAAGAUUAACAGAGCUGUACAAUUAUUGUUAUUAUUAUUAUUAUGACUACUAUUGUUGUCAUAAUUUUUAUUAUUUAGUCUUUGUAAUUUUGAAUCAUGUUCAAUAUUUUGAAUUUAUAUAUUUUUUUGUAUAAUUUAAUUUUAAGUAAAAUGUUCAUGGAUUGGAAGGCUAAAACAAAGUCACCAUUAAAUGUAAUCAUCAUUGAAUGCUUGAAAUCAUCAAUAUGAAAUUGAGCUUCCUGAAGGACACUGCUUUGUCCAGAGAGAGACUCCAAUGCACCACGGACUCUGCUGGACAAGAAGCAAAGUGGAUACAAUAGAGAAGAUAUCUCCCCGAAGAGAACGGCAUAACAUUUCCCUUCAUACCUGUUCACUGCUCUGUUAUAAGCCCUGAAAAUAAAGAACUCCAGGCCCUAGUAUUGAACUUUGAGGCACUCCAGAGUCACAUAUUGUGACCUACUUGCUUCUGUCAUCUACCAAACUCCAAAAAAGAACUUCCACAGUGCCAACUACUAAAGACUUUAUGACAGACUGUCGUGUUGUGCCAUCUUUUGAACGACAACCGUGCAAUAUGACGGCCGCUUGAUGCUCAAGCAGGACUCUUAUCAGGUCAAUGGCAGGUUUUAUAGUCACAUUUGAAGUGUGAGUUUUAUAAGAUGUUUCUCCUAUUUACGAAACGUGUAGAACCUUUACGGCAUAUAAGGAAUCUGUGUUAGAAAUAAAAAAAAUACUUAUUCCUUAGUGAUCUGAUCAUGAUCUGAAAGAUAACACAAGACUCUGAAUUCAGAGUCUUAUGUUGGGUAGAUUAUUGUAACUCAAAAAAUAUCAGAUGUUAUAUAUAUAUAUAAUAAUAAUAGCCGAUAGAUAUCUUUUGAUUGUGCUUCAGGAUAUUCCUGUUUUUUUACCGAAUAGCCCCAUACUUUUGAAAUCAAUUGUCUCUUGUGCUGUUGUAUGUUUUAAACUUGUCCGUUUCCUACUGUCUCAGCAUCUUAACUUCAUCACCUUAUGUGCAAUCCUGACCUAUACCUUACACAUUCCUUUCCCUCCCAGAUCCAAAUCAUCUGAACACCUCCCGAUUCUUUUGUCAGAUGUCUGUUCCUUAUUAUUUUCUUGUUUAAGUUCUCCUCUUGUAUAUGUACAGUUUUCAGAGCACAAGAUGAAUGUGUCCUAUUUGUAAUAAA